CCAAACAAAUCCUUCCGUUCGUUUCACCUUCCUCGCCGGAGCCGCCGUCACUUUCCGCCGGCCACCGUAUCUGACCCUGCCACCACACAGAUUCCGACUCCCUAACAAAAUUGCACGAUUCAGUUAUUUCAGCUAUUGAGUAUUUCGUUUCAACCACGCUUCAAUUUGACGCAGAACCACCGAGUCAUACCGAUUUCGCAACUCGGAUUCUCAACUUCUCGUUCAUUCAGAAUCGAAUUUGAAAUUCCAAAGAAAGCUGAACCGAACACUGAAUCUCAGUUUCCGAGAAGCUUCUUCCGCGAACAGUGCUUCAAUUUCACGCAGAAGCACCUAGUCAAACUGAUUCGUACCGCGUUCGUGGUUCGGAUUCGAAAUUCGCAAAAAACUUUACCGAAAACUGAAUUUCCUAUUCCGAACAACCUUCUUCUGCGAACAGCACUUCAUUUUAACGCAGAAACACCAAGUCAAACCGGUUCGUGCAGCGUUCGCGGUUCUUAUUCUCAAUUCCUCGUCCAUUCCCAAUCGAAUUCUCAAUUCCGAAGAAAACCUCACCGACCACUGAAUUUCGUACUCCGAACAAGUUUCUUGUUCAAACAGCACUUCAAUUUCACGUGGAACCGAGUCGAAGCUAUUCAAAUCUUUCUCAGCGCUUGGACUCUCCGUCGCCGGAACCUCGCAUGGCGGACUCCGACAACGACUCCGGCGGCGCGCACCACGGCGGCAAGGGAAGCGAGAUGUCGCCGCGGGAGCAGGACGGGUCCCUGCCGAUCGCGAACGUGAGCCGCAUCAUGAAGAAGGCGCUACCGGCGAACGCGAAGAUCUCGAAGGACGCGAAGGAGACGGUGCAGGAGUGCGUGUCGGAGUUCAUCAGCUUCAUCACCGGCGAGGCCUCCGACAAGUGCCAGCGCGAGAAGCGCAAGACGAUCAACGGCGACGACCUCCUCUGGGCGAUGACCACUCUCGGCUUCGAGGACUACGUGGAGCCUCUCAAAGUGUACCUCCAGCGCUUCCGGGAGAUGGAGGGAGAGAAGACCGUGGCGGCGCGUGACAAGGACGCGCCUCCUGCUUCUAAUGCCAACAACAGUGCCUACGACACUGCUAGUUAUGGUGCCGCUGGAAUCAUGAUGCAUCAGGGACACGUGUACGGUUCUCCUGGCUUCCAUCAAGUGGCUGGCGGGGGUGCCGCUCUUAAAGGUGGGCCUGCUUAUCCUGGGCCUGGAUCCAAUGCCGGUAGGCCCAGAUAGAUUAGUUAUAUAUCCUUCGCCCUGCUUUUAUUUUAUUUUUUUUUAGUUGUACUUUUAGCCACUCAUCUUUCAUAUUUUUACAAAUUUUAUUACUCUACUUUCAAAAUUAUGCAUAUUGUCAUUCUAUUAAAUUCAACUCACAUCAUUAAUUAUUGA